CCGCACGCACGCAUGUAUAAACGCUUAAACGCUUGGGCUUACCCCUACGGAGACUUUGAUUUCUCAUCGAAUACCUGGCAAGGGCGUGUUGAAACAUACGUGUUACCUGUAGCUUCAGGAUGGCGUCUGAUGAAAGUCCCACCCCGAGCGGACAUCGGUUCAACAAUAUCUCCGUCUCUGGUGGGAAAGCUCACUUGGGAGAUGCGCACUAUCACUACACCAGCGAGGAUCCCUCGAAAGAGCUUGAAAAGAAAAUCGACGCCUGUCGAAAUGAAUUACUCCUCACCGAUCCACUCAUUGAUCUAGAGACCCUCAAAAGCAGCAAAGGCGAACGGACCCAAGGCACUUGCGAAUGGAUUAGAGAUAAUGGAUCCUACAAACAUUGGCUUCAUGGUGACUCACAAUGUCUUUGGAUUUGUGGUGGUCCUGGCAAAGGAAAAACAAUGCUCUCAAUUUUUCUCACCGAGGAGCUUGAGAGACACACCAAAGAGAUGGAAUCCACAGAAACUCUGUAUUACUUUUGCAGUCAUCAAGACAAGAAGCGCAACAGCGCUGUGACCGUUCUCAGGAGCCUGGUGUACCAACUGCUAACGAAGCGUCGGGAUCUAUUCACGUCUGUCUCAUCAUACUUUGAAAGCCCGGAAAAAACUCGAAUGACGUUAUCAUCCCCGGACUUUCUCUGGGUUAUAUUGAGAACGCUCGUACAAUCCAAACCCGGCUUAAUCUUUUGCGUACUCGAUGGACUCGACGAAUGCGACGACGCGUCAUUAAGACUACUCACCACCAAAUUUCACAAGUACUUCUCAUCGGGCCACUCAAUACAGUCCCAUAGGGGUCUCAAAUUAGCGAUUGUCAGUCGGAGGAUCUCUGGGCUGGCGGCUUUCCCGCAGGUGAAGCUAGAUCCUGACAACGACGAGCACGUGAGCCAUGAUAUUCAACAGUUCAUUACCGCUAGCAUUCAAAAGCUGGAAAAGAUACCCGAUUUCAACAAGAUCCGUCAGAAAGUGGAGACUACUCUUCUGGAACGAGCCCAAGGUACUUUCUUAUGGGUCGGCUUCGUGGUGGCUGAGCUGUCGAAGAAACAAACACGCACCGGAAUCGAGGAGUCAUUGGAGGAUCUUCCGCCUGGACUAGAUGCGAUCUACAGCCGCAUGUUACUGCAAGCCAAAAGAAGUUGGGAGGCAGAAAGCACUCAGCCGCCCGUUAUACGCGAAAUACUGUGUUGGGUUACUAUGGCCGUUCGUCCUUUGAAGCUACAAGAGUUGACAGCGGCCAUCGCCUUUUCUACUGUGAUUAGCGACGAGCAGACCAUCCGUGACCAGAUCACUUUGUGUGAGCCAAUCCUCAAGGUCCAAGACCUGUUAGUCAGACUUGUCCACCAAUCAGCUAGUGAUUAUUUCUUGCGGGAAAAGCUCGAUGACAACCGAAUAUUGGAAGGAUACCGCGUCAAAGCAGCAGAAGCACAUGCUGAAAUAGCAAGAACUUGCAUGGACUAUAUUGAGAAGAGCAACCUGUGCCAUAAGACUCUGGAUAUUGAAGACGCAUCAGUUCUGCAGAAAUCACCACUGUUGAACUACGCAGUACUGCAUUGGCCGGAACAUGCCAAAUGUCCUUCAACACACGCGGAGAGGGAUUACCACCUUUCACGGCCUCUCUUUCAGGAGACGUCACUUGUACGGAUAAACUGGUGGUGCGCCUACCGAGCUGUUAAUCAAUAUGGCCCAUUAUUUAAAUUGAUAAGCACGCAAAAAAGCGAUGAUCUGCCUCUGUUGGGCCUCGCUUGCUAUUUCGGGAUCGAUCAAUUGGCUCGGAACCUGCUGAUGGAGGCUUGGCAUAUUAGGUUUCGGAAGCAACUGAGGAAGGCUGGGCAUCUCCAAUUUUGGAAUCUCCAAUUUCGAAUAUUCUCUGGAGUAAGAGCAGACAUGGCGCUGACAUUGGCCGCUGGGGGAGGACACAUGACUAUUGUGCAGCUACUACUCACGAAGGGGGCUGAUAUCAAUGCGGAGAACUUGUGGGGCGGUACGGUGCUAAUUGAGGCUGCCGAGGGGGGACAUGAGGCUAUUGUGCAGCUACUAAUCGCGAAGGGUGCCGAUGUCAAUGCAACAGGCGGAAAGGCGCUAGCCAAGGCUGCCGAGAGGGGACACGAGGCUAUUGUGCAGCUACUAAUCGCGAAGGGUGCCGAUGUCAAUGCAACAGGCGGAAAGGCGCUAGCCAAGGCUGCCGAGAGGGGACACGAGGCUAUUGUGCAGCUACUAAUCGCGAAGGGUGCCGAUGUCAAUGCAACAGGCGGAAAGGCGCUAGCCAAGGCUGCCGAGAGGGGACACGAGGCUAUUGUGCAGCUACUAAUCGCGAAGGGUGCCGAUGUCAAUGCAACAGGCGGAAAGGCGCUAGCCAAGGCUGCCGAGAGGGGACACGAGGCUAUUGUGCAGCUACUAAUCGCGAAGGGUGCCGAUGUCAAUGCAACAGGCGGAAAGGCGCUAGCCAAGGCUGCCGAGAGGGGACACGAGGCUAUUGUGCAGCUACUAAUCGCGAAGGGUGCCGAUGUCAAUGCAACAGGCGGAAAGGCGCUAGCCAAGGCUGCCGAGAGGGGACACGAGGCUAUUGUGCAGCUACUAAUCGCGAAGGGUGCCGAUGUCAAUGCAACAGGCGGAAAGGCGCUAGCCAAGGCUGCCGAGAGGGGACACGAGGCUAUUGUGCAGCUACUAAUCGCGAAGGGUGCCGAUGUCAAUGCAACAGGCGGAAAGGCGCUAGCCAAGGCUGCCGAGAGGGGACACGAGGCUAUUGUGCAGCUACUAAUCGCGAAGGGUGCCGAUGUCAAUGCAACAGGCGGAAAGGCGCUAGCCAAGGCUGCCGAGAGGGGACAUGAGGCUAUUGUGCAGCUACUAAUCGCGAAGGGUGCCGAUGUCAAUGCAACAGGCGGAAAGGCGCUAGCCAAGGCUGCCGAGAGGGGGCACGAGGCUAUUGUGCAGCUACUAAUCGCGAAGGGUGCCGAUGUCAAUGCAACAGGCGGAAAGGCGCUAGCCAAGGCUGCCGAGAGGGGACACGAGGCUAUUGUGCAGCUACUAAUCGCGAAGGGUGCCGAUAUCAAUGCAGGAGGCGGAGAGGCGCUAGCCGGGGCUACCUUAGGAGGACACGAGCCUAUCAUGCAGAUGCUAAUCGCGAAGGGUGCCGAUAUCAACGCAGGAGGCGGAGAGGUGCUAGCCAAGGCUGCCUUUAUGGGACACGAGGCUAUCGUGCAGCUGCUAAUCGCGAAUGGUGCGGAUGUUAAUGCGAAGGACAUGUGGGGUGGUACGGCUCUGAAAGUGGCCGCCGGGGGGGGAUACAAGAAUAUUGUGCAGCUGCUACUCUCAAAUGGUGUCAAUAUAAACGCAAGAGGCGGAGAGGCGCUAGUCAUGGCUGCCUCUAUGGGACACGAGGCUAUCGUGCAGCUGCUAAUCGCGAAUGGUGCGGAUGUUAAUGCGGGAGGCUUAUCAGGCAGGACGGCGCUAAGGUUGGCCACCGAGAAAGGACACCAGACCAUCGUGCAGCUGCUAGAAUCUGCUGGUGCAUGUUGAAUCUUCGAGCCGCCUCGCUCUAAUGUAUAACAUGAUUCCCAUACGUGCUAACAUACAAACGGUUUUCAUGUAUCACUGAAUCGAU